CCAUACAAUGGAGGAAGAUACAAUACAAGUAAAAAGUAAUUUUGAACCAAUGAACGUACAGGUUACUAAACGCAUUUGGGCUGCUGAAACUGAGAAGAAAAAGUUGAAAAACUUUCGAGCUUUGUAAUCCUUUGUUUACUCCAAAAUGAAGUGAAGAUGGGCAAAGGAAGAAGCAGGACAUCAAAUGAUAACAGUAACCAUGCCGACAGAGAUGAAGAACUGAUAGAUGAUAAACUACAACCAGUUGGAAUUUAUGGAUGGAGAAAGAGAUGUCUCUAUGGAUUCAUAUUACUGUUGGUUAUCCUGACUGUAUUAAACCUUGCAUUGCUUGUUUGGAUGCUGAGAGUACUUAAUUUCAAUUGGGAUGGGAUAAAUAAUGUUAAGUUCACCGAAGAUGGUAUGAGAACAGAAGGACGGGUAGAAUUCCUAGAUUCUUUAUAUACAGAAAAGAUUCAGUCACUUCAGAGUACAGCAUUGAAGAUUGAUUCAAGCCGAGGUGUACAUAUCAGAGCCAGAAAUGAAGAUAAUAAUGUCACUAAUAACUUUGUUAUAGCAAACAAGACUGUAUCCUCAAGAUGUGAAUUAUUUGAGAUCAAAAACAGUAAGGGUCAGACAAAACUCAGUGUGUCAAACAAUGGAGUCAAGUUUGGUAAUAUGGAUGUCACUUUCACAGGUUCAUCCAAAGUAAAUUUUACAGGAUCUAUAGCCACACCUAAUGUUAGAGGACCUGUGUCAGAACCAUUAAGAGUAGAAGCUAUAAGUACUCAAUUGAGAGUAGUGGGUGACGAAGGAGUAUAUGUGACAGCUCCAGCUGGUAAAAUACUCAUUAAAAGUGCUAACCAACUCAGCCUGAUUGCCAAUAAACAUAUGUACUUACAGGCAAAAGACUAUUAUAUCAAGAAGCCAAGAGUAAGCAGUCCACAGAGUGGGACUCCAUACAUUGGAAAGGUUUAUGAGUUAUGUAUUUGUGAGAGUGGACGAUUGUUUUUAUCCAAACCUAACUUGGACUGUAAAGCAACCGAAACAAUCUGUCAGUAAUAAUGGAAAUAUUUCCCACUGAAAUUGUUUCUCACAUAGAUUGACAUGUUAUUAAUGAUAUUUGGUAAAUAACUCUUAGAAAUCAGUAGCAAUGUUUUCUUGAAACUGUUUAUCAAGAGGAAGGACAAUCAUUUUACUACCAAUUUUCUUUUUGGAGACUAAGAAAGGAGAGCAUCUUAUUUUCUCCUUUAUAUACAAGUAAUGAGUUAAAUUUAGAUUUGAGGACACUCAACAUUAAAACUGAAUAGAUUUUGGGUUUCAUGAAUGUUUAGAACUUUUUCCUUGGAUUUGUUAUUUUAAACUUUUUAAUGGAUGUUUCAUUCUAGUAAAAAAAAAUCACUAUAAACCUGAAGAAUAACCCUGAAAUACUUUCAAUCAAUUAAUAUUUUAUAUAUAUUUUAUUUUAAUUAAUUUAAUUUCUAAGAUUGAUUUAGAAAUUUAUGUAUCAAAAAUAUUACUUAAUUUUUAUAUUUAUAUAUGUUUGUAAAGUGACAUGAAUAUUUAUAUGCUUUAAUUAUCAAUUACCUCACUGUCUAGUUAAUGUAGAAUACUUGGCAGCAUGCAAACUUGAUAUUGCUGUAAAAUUGAAAAGUCAAGAUAAUAUAGAAAUAAUAUAGAAAAUACUGCAAUUUUUAAACAAACUUUGUAUUUUUAUACGUCAUGAUGUUACACAUGUUACAGUGACAGUCAUAUCCAAGACUUAUUUUUCCCCACCGAUAUAUUUUUUCUUUUUUUAAAUUAAUCAAAGUUUUAUUGCACUUUUAGCUGUUAACAAUUUACUCAAUCUACAGCUUCAAUUAAGUAUCUCUUAAAUUAGUUAUUGAAUAUUUAGGGAGAAAUAAUUUUUUUUUUUUUAAAUUAAUCAAUAUAUAUAUAUAUUUUCAAAAGAUUUUUUAAGCAACAUAUUGAAUUUAAUCUUAGCAUUGUCAAUUUAUUGAAAUGAGUUAAGUAUAAGACAGUGACAUAUUUUUAAAACAUUUUCAUAUCUUUAUAUUUAUUCAUAAAUUAUGAUAUUAUUAUUAUUCCGUCCAAGGAAAGACAUGGAAGAUAGGUUGUAUUUUUAAUGUUGUUUAUUUGUAGCAUGUUUUUUUUAAUACUGAAUAAAUUUUAGAUUUUCAUUUGGUCAUAGACAUUUUAUUUUUGUACAAUUAUACAGUACUUUAGUAAGUAUUUAUUAUUUUGCUAGGAAAUGAUUUAUGUAAGCUUUAACAAUUUUAUACAUAUAAGUCUGUGUUUUAGUUGUUCUGUAUCUGUCAUGCAGGAAAUGAUACUAUAGGAAAUAUUAAUUUUGAAUAUAAUGAACAAUAAAAUAUUAAAAUGUUCGGUGCUGAUUGGUCCUAUUAAAUAAUGUAUUUGAAAUGGUUUAAUGUAUGCUACAUAUCAAAGAUGAUUACUUGCAUUUAGUUUAUAAGCAUUAUUGAGAAGAAAAAAAAUUGGGAUUGCUAUGUUUCAAAUUUGCCU